CAUGCAAAUAAAAGAAACGGUCUCGACGGCAACGCGUCGCGAACAUCGGUAUGAAACAGUAUAAAAUAUCGAUGUAUCUACCAACUACGCGUAUAUCUGUACGAUAUGACGAAUGUCAGUUGUUACACGACAGCCGUGCGAUGAAAAGCGUCAAGAGGACUGAUGAUUUACCGCGGCGAUUGAUGUCGGUUUCAGCAGAAACAAAUGGAUUGAUUCUCGAAAGUGAUUUGACGCGUGCUACGAAAUUAUCGAAAUUAUCCAAGGACGCUACUUUAUACGUUGGUAGCGAUCGUUGCAUCUGAAAUUAAUUUGAUUUAUUAAGCGAACAUAUACUUAGAAGUUAAUAUAGAAGUUUAUUGAACAGUCUGCACGAAGAUCUAGAAAUUCAUCGUGGCAAUGCCUUGCAAAAAGUUCUGCUACUAUCGGAAAACUCGGUUGACCGAAGACUCAGAGUGUUUAACGCUUGCGCUGGAAAUUUUCACGAGAGCUCAUCGUUUAUUAAAAAAUUUUAUGGACUUGUACAAGUUCGUUCGACGAUCGCUUAAUUAGCAAUAAUUUCAUAUAAUGUCAAACAGCUCGUGCGUAUACAGAAAGUAACUCGAGGAAUAACUGUAUUUGAAAAAAUCAGGAUCCACGAGGGGAAAUGUUGCGGCAUGAAUUACGAUGCGGUUCCUUUACACGGAGCCCUGGAUAUUGUGGCCACAGCAAUGACAGCGAUAGUCUGUGGAAACGUAAAAAAGGGAUCUCAACGAUCUGCGUUGUUUCGUAAUAUGUUCCCUUGCGUUCACUGUCAAGAUAUGGAAGUUCUGCCAGAAGAAAUUGUUCGCAAAGUGGAUAUAAUUAUGACGUGUUUAGAAAGGUGCUGCGCCAUCGAGAACAUUACAUGUCGAAUAAAAGAUGUCUUAUGUAUUUUGGAAAGAUCAGCACCUUGCGCAAUGUCAGAAAAGUUUCAAACGUUGUCGCUCCUCUUAAAAGAAAUAAUGAGAAAGCUGAUUCGUUGUGGUCAGGAUUUAGAAGAACCGUUCGGCAAUACGCAGACCAGGCUGAUACUAAAUCUUGUGAACAACUUUAUUCGUGACUGGAGCGAAAAGAGGUCUGGGUCGCGACCCUGUCUCAGGAUCUGUAGAUUUUGCGAUCGCGUGGUAAACGAAACCACUCGACAGUGGGGAACGUUUUGCUGCAACGAAGCUAAAAUAUUUCACGACAUCCGUAUAGAGUGGAUUCUACGUCAGUCGAUUACGUCAGUUAGUUACACGAAAACAAUACUUGAUCAAAAUCUUAACAAUAUAAAGGAUAGAUCCAUAAAACUUCUCUCGUUGACAGGACGCCGGUAAAGAUGAAGCGAUCGAUCGGAGGCCAAAAUCGAAAUCUUCGAGGAACGAACGAUUCGAUGACGAUUCAAGAACAUAUGCUUCCGUGGGAAUGUCUAGGGCUGUAGACGUCACAGAUUACGACGACAGUAGCGCGAGAUUCGACGAGCGUACGAGCGUGAAGGAAAAACUAGAAAGUCCCGAUCGAACGAUAAAACAUCGAUCUGCCGGUGAGAUAAGUGAGACACGUCGCGCGGAAGCUGAAGUGUUCUCGAAGAAAACAAAGAUAGAAAGAUACGACGAUUCGAGUCGGAAAUGGGAUAAAUUUGACAGAGUCGAGGGCAGGGAUUUAACAAAGACAGCAGCUGGUACGUUGGAGGGAAAGAUGAGAGGAAAAAUAAAGAGGAACCGCGAUAUCGACAGAACCGGCGAGUAUCCUAUCACGCCAGAUGGACGGGAGGAACGUGACGAUGUUCCGUAUAAAAGUAAGCUCGACAAGAUCCGUGGAUCGCGUGGUUUACGUGACACGAACGAGGAACGAGCAGCUGCUGGAAAAAUGAAGAAAAUUAAAAGGGACGCGAAGUAUUUGAGCCAGAAGCGAUUGGAAUACACGGAAUUCUCGGAAACGGAAUCCGAAGGAACUGGAGUUCAUCGAUCGAGAGAAGGGGAUAAAGGUGUACCAGUGAUAACGGAGAAAUCGCCUAAAGAAAGAAGAAAGAAUAAAUUACAUGGACAUACAUUGCCGGAGAACGAAGGGAAGAAAAUGGUUGAGAAGACGACCGACACGGAUAUCGAAGAGAAAACAACCGGCCGACGAAACAGGAAGAAGCCACGAACGGAGGAGGACAUCGAGCUGGACGAAACGACGGAUACAGGCGAGCGUAAAGAGGCUGAUAGACGAAAGAAGAAGAAGGCAGAUGGGUUUGACAAUGAAAAAAAAGUGGUAUCUUAUACCUUCGACAAAGAAGACAAAGUUUUGAAAUCUGGUGGAACGCAGGAUGGACGCUCGAGCAACGAAAGGAACGAAACUGAGUCUAUGUUAACGAAGAAACAUAGGGACGUUAAGCGUGGUGUAAGCAGCGCCGAAGAUAAAUCAACGCUCGAUUCAGGGAGUCAGAAUAAGAAAGAGACAAGCAAAUCGAGUAAGAAGCAACAUAGACGGUCUGGUUCGGAUAGAACUGAGGAUAAUUCUAGCAAGACGAAUGGAUCUCGUUACCGCAAAAAAAGAGCGAUAUUCAGCGAUAUCCAAAUCGACGAUCGAAGCCCGAUCGAGUACCAAUUAUCAAACCAGCACUUCGUGAAGCUCGGUUGGACAGUGCUGCCGGUUGCCAAAACCAUGAGGAAAAUUAUCCAGUAUCGAGCAAAGCCUUCGAAACCUGGUCUCGACUGGUUCAGAAGGCACAGACUCGAUGGAAGAACGUAUUACGACGAUGAAGCUCGUAUUUUUGUCAAUUUUCACACCGAUGGAUCGGCAGAAGUGUUUUACCCGAAUGGAGCGAUGGCUAUUAAACUCCAGAGACCGCAAAAUCGAAAAUACGAUAUAUAUACUGUAUUCAGCCCAGAAGGCAAAGAUUGCAUGGGAGUAAAGAGGGAUUCGCAAAUUGUCGCCGUAUUCGACACCGUAGGCAACGGUGCUGUCUUCAACGAGGACGGUGCGACCAGGCUGUCGUACAACCAGAUUGGAGGAAUUUGGAGGGAUAAUCCGACGGGAGUACCGCUGACGUGGAAGUGGGACAUCUGCGAAAAGAAAUCGAUAACCAAAAUUGUGUAUCUGGAGAAAUCAGCAAUGCGCAUAGAGAAGCUUUUAAAUCUAGCAGAGAGGAGAAUAUUAAAAAGUUCCGCAAGUGUCAAAGCAUCGACAUCGCCUGCGAGUCCGCGAAAUAAGGAGAAGAAGGUCGAGGAGCUGAAACCUGUUGUUCCGGAGCACGACGACGAAGAAGAAGAGGUCGAGUCCGGGUACGUCGAGGAAAAAAAACAAAUUCGUCCCGGUGAUACCUACCACUUCAGACCGAUCCACUUAAACGUGAACGACUACGUCGGCUUAAAAAUUUUCAAUCGGACAAAUAUUAUACUUCGAUUCCUCGCUGACAAGAAGAGUAUAAGAAUACAGUUGGGCACGGUUUUAAAUUUAAACGAGGAAGUAGAAUCUUAUUUCGUGGACACGAGCCUAAAACAUGGUAUGCUAAAAUGCAAAUUCGAGGAACUGUUACCGUCUCGUUUGAAAUUGGACAGCUGCAUGGAUGACAUAGCCGAAAAGAUCCAGAAAGUCAGAAGAUCAGCUAGAUAUCGUGAACUUAUGAUGGCCAAGUAUAGACCGUUGUUGCGCGUCUGGAAAAUGUCAGGAACUAGAUGUCGUCCACGAUAAUUUCAAUUUAUUCUUUCUUUAGCAUAACGAAUUUAUUAAGAUUAUCCUUUUUAUUGAAAAUCAAUAAAUCCUCCCCGUAUUUUUAAUAAUUUAACAAUUUACAUAUCUAAUAAGGAGUAAAUUUUGCGAUGCAUAUAACAGCUAUAAUUACCAAUUAAUGAAUUCGCAUAAUUAUGCAAUUUUCACCCGAAUUUUAUAUAAAUAUAGUUUCAACGCGGUUUAAAUGCAUUCUAUAUCUGAAUUUUACAUGAUAAUUCUUGUACAUUCGUUUUUCCGCUUCCGCGUGCAUUAUUUUCUCCGAUGCUUGAAAAUUUGUUGAAAAUACAUAAUUUUAAAGGCGGCCUUCCAUUUUUCUCUUUCUUUUAAUAAAAAUAUAUCAGAAAUAAUAAUUAUUUGCCAAUUACUGCUU